CCGCCGUCACCACAACACACUUCCGCGCCCUGUCCGCCGCCACUUGAUCGCCGUUCGACGAGUCGCCGCCGUCUUCUGUCCGUCGCGCCCGCUCUUCAACCUCUGCCCGACUCCGACAACUUGAUCCCUGUCUGGGCUGUGGCGACCAUCUCCAGCGCUGGCACACCUCCGCCAUGAGCACUCCCGGGGAGGGACCGCCUUCGCUGGGAGGUCAGGGAGCCCCGCAGCAGCACGGCUACGACCCGCGCAGCAACGGCCUCACACGACAGCCCACCAAUCCGCUCGACAUGGAGAGCUCGCAGAAUCCCUCUUCCCAGAGAAGGCAUGACGCUCCGUCGCGGUCGCUGACCGACCCAGAACGGCAACAACACGAUCCGGCGAAAGAGAAGCCCAAGCGGAGUAAGAUUUGUGGGAAGUGUGGUGAAGGCCUGACAGGGCAGUUUGUCCGGGCGCUAGGAGAUACAUACCAUCUGGAGUGCUUUACCUGUCAUGACUGUGGCAAAAUCGUAGCCUCUAAAUUCUUCCCCGUCCCCGAGAAGCCGCCAGGCCAGUAUCCGCUGUGCGAGACGGACUAUUUCCGGCGUCUGGACCUGCUCUGCUUUGAUUGCGGGCAGGCUCUCCGUGGAUCAUACAUCACCGCUUUGGACCGAAAGUAUCACAUCGAGCACUUUACAUGCUCAGUCUGCCCGACCGUCUUUGGCGCAUCGGACAGCUACUAUGAGCACGAGGGCAACGUCUACUGCCACUAUCACUACUCGACUAAUUUCGCGCAGCGUUGCAACGGGUGCCAAACGUCAAUUCUCAAGCAGUUUGUCGAAAUCUUCCGCAACGGGCAAAAUCAGCAUUGGCACCCGGAGUGCUACAUGAUUCACAAAUACUGGAACGUGCGCCUACACUCCACUGGACAGCCAAUCAUUCAGGCCCCGGCAGAAUCCGAUGGGGGAGCAACGGAUGAGGUGCGCGAGCGUGUGCGCAAGCAAGAAGAAGAGAUAGAAGCAAAAGUCAAUUGGAUAUGGAAGACUCUGUCAGCAUUUGAGGAGAAAUCAGCGACGUGCAUAUCCGACAUGCUCCUCCACGUCAGCAACGGCGCCUAUGUGGACGGGGUAGUCGCCGCCAAGAAGUUUAUUGUCCACAUCGAACUCUUGUUCCUCGCCGCGGACGAUCUCGAUGCGCAGCUUGUCGCCAACACGCCAAAGGGCCUCACGUAUUCGCGAGAGUCGAAAUUGCUGUGCAAGAAAGUUGUAGCCUUCUUUGCGCUCCUCACCCAGUCGCAGGGGACCGGGGUGCGACGGCUUGGCGUCACCCAGGAACUUCUCUCGCUUGUUACCGGGCUCGCUCACUACCUCAAGCUACUGAUCCGAAUCUGCCUGCAGGGGGCCCUGAAAUUAGAACGCGAAACCAGGAGUGCGAGCGGGUUGACGAGUUUCCUAGCCCAAGUUAACUCGCUGGAUGCCCGCCUGGAACAGGAGGCCGAGAAGGACCAAGCAGCCGAAUCUGCUGUCCUCGUCCCGCGAUGGGCAGACGCAUGUCCAAUAUGCGACACCCAGGUGGAGGACAAGUGCUUACACUUGAACAAUAUGUCGUUCAACUACGGCUGCAUGGUCUGCCGUGGUUGUGGUGCUGACCUGCGCAACGACAUCAAGAAUGCAUACUGGAGCAAGUCGAAACAGCGGGUAUUCUGCCCAGCAUGUGCCGCCGCCCAGCCAGACGCGGAGAGCGGCUUUGUGCAUGUAACCAAGCUCCGCCAGUAUGUACACUUGCUAAAGGUCGCCCAUGCUCGUCUCAUGGCUACGCUACGAUCCAGCGGCGCGCUACCGCACACGUCAGAUGACCCUAAUCUUGCGGCCUACGACUCGUCUCAGGGACAUCGCCUAGGCGACGCUGCUUCGGACCUCCAGCCAUCUCAUCCGCGGCAGGAGACUCGCUCGAAAUCGUUUGGAGGAUCUUCCGCCAACGAUGCCCCAAGCAACCCCAACGCGACUUACGAGCAGUCCAUGUCCGACGUCAGACGGUUACGAUCGACCCGGUUGGAUAAACAUCUCUCGAACACCAUGAAGCGUGCCCGCGCAUCGAGGAUCAUAGACGGCCCUGAAGCCAUGGAAGCCGGAGGGGAUGCGCACGCUCGAGGGAAUAUGCAAAUCGUCCAGGAGCGUGAAGCCCCUGGUGAUGCCGACAACGUCACCCUCGCGGUCAAUUCUCUUGCAUUAGACGAUAUCGCCCGAAUGGCUGCGCUGGAACAGCAACGAGAGCAGCGUCCGAAUGCCUUCCGUGCCGGCGGAAGCGCGCUUCUUGGACAAGACCAACCUAGGCUCAUCAAUGGUCACCGGCGCGACUUUUCGGGAGGGCAACCUACACCUGAAGGAAGACCGCGCACCUACUUCUCCGAGCUUUCUCCGCUAGAAUACUUCAAAUUGAAGGGGCUUGCCGUGCUUCAACUUGGUCUGCUCCUUGACGAAAAUCAGUAUAACCAAGGCGAUCUCCUCGAUCUCAUUGAGACUAAGCGAUCCAAUUUCUGGGGCAAAAUUGGCUUCGGCAAAGCCUUCAAAACCGACAAGAACAAGCCGAAGAAGGGCAACUCUGGAGUCGAAAAACCGGUCUCCGAAAAGGCGACAUUCAGGCAAUCACUUGAGCUUCUCGUAGAGAAGUACGGCGCCGAGUCCACAGAUGGCGUUGGUCCCGGUACUCUGAGGGUUCCCGCGUUGCUCCAGGAUGCCGUUACUGCGAUGAGGAGCAUGGAUAUGUCCAUCGAGGGCGUGUUCCGAAAGAACGGCAAUCUCAAAGCUUUGCGAGAACUGGAGGAGGAAAUCGAUGCCAAGGGCGUCGAGAUGGUGGAUCUCAACACCAAAAACCCUGUGAUACUGGCCAACCUGCUUAAGCGCUUCCUUCGUUUGAUGCCGGACCCGGUGCUCACGCUGAAGCUGUAUCGCUUGUUCAUGACAGCGAAUGAUAUCCCGGACGACGCACAACGGAAGAAGGUUCUGCACUUGGUCUGUUGUCUGUUACCCAAAGCCCAUCGUGACACCAUGGAAGUCUUGUUCUGCUUCCUGAAUUGGGUCUCGUCGUUCCACACGGUCGACGAAGAAUCCGGCAAUAAGAUGGACACAUGGAAUAUCGCCACUGUCAUGGCUCCGAAUAUUCUACGAGAGAAUAACGAAAAAGAGAUGAAGAGCGUUGAUCAGGGUGCUGUCAAGGUGGUUUUCGACUUGAUUGAGAACAACGAUGAGUUCUGCGAGGUGCCUGAAGAGAUCGUCGAGCUUCUAAACGACGACGGCUCGCCCGAGCUUACUCCAAAGGAGAUCAUGAAGCAGUGGGAGCAGCGCGGCAAGAACCCGAGUGUGACCGCACCCACCUCUUCGCCGCGGAACCCAUCAGGGGCGUCGUCGAGAAAGGAUCAGCGUAACGCUCCGCACAUCACGCAGGCCGACCACAAUCCCCAAGCGUGGUCAGGCGAAUCAUCAGUACGCCACGUUGCCGGAGCAGGCGGCCACAGUCUUGGACCGUCCAAUACUCACAGCACCCCGCCUCAACAUUACGAUCUAGGUACUCCGAAUCUCCCGUACAGCCAGGCUGCUCCUGGAUCGGCCGAGAGUCAUCGUACCGGAUCGCCUCAUCGGCACAGUUACCGUUCGCCCGCAUUCCAGAAGCAGACACAGCUCGGCACUGCUGGCGCGGGAUGAACGACGACUUACACAUUUCUGAACAUUGGAGUGUUCUGGCGUUGGUCUAAUUUCACAGUUCCGAAACAUCGCAAAACGAUACCAGCGAGCGCAGAUAC